UGUGGAUUUGACCUUAGUUAUGGAAGUCAAUAAUAAUAAUCCAGUUGACGAUGUGGAACAGAAUCAUCCUGCUUACCUCAACAUGACGGGUAGAAGAGAAACAAUGUCCUGGAUUAGUCCAUCUGAAGACGAGAAUCUGACCUGGAUAAGUCCAGCUACAGAUGAGGAAGGGAAUCAUCCCAACAAUACUAAUAUUGACCUGGUAGUUGAUCUAGAUCGGAUGGCCUGUAAUAGACCAGCUGAAGAUGAGGAAGGCAACAGUCUUGACCUCUCUCAGGUAGUUGGAGGGGAAAUGAUGACAGGCAAUAGAGCAAUUGAAGAUGAGAAAUGUAAUAGUCGUGACUUCUCUUCAGUAGUUGGGAUAGAGAAGAAGACCAGCUGUAGACCCAUUGAGGACAAGGAAGGAAAUCAUCCUGACAAUACUACUAAUGACCGGAUAGUUGUUGGAGAAAAGGUGACCUGCAAUAAUAGACCAGCGCAAGAUGAAGAAGGGAAUUGUCUUGACCAUACCGACCUGACUUUGAUAGUAGGGGGAGAGAAGAUGGCCUGCAGUAGAGACAAGUUGUCUAGGACUAGUGAUUAUUUCAAAGCCAUGUUUGACAGUAACAUGAAAGAGAGUACCUCAAACUGUAUUUCUUUGGAGCAGGUUGACCCAGAAGCCAUGAGGAUUAUUUUGGACUUUCUGGUCACCGGAAGACUGGAUUUGACACAGGAGAAUGUUCACAUUGUCACAGAGGCAGCAUGCAUGUUUCAGAUCAAGCUUGUAAUCAAUCAGUGCUGUGAGUUAAUGGAGGACUUGCUGAAUGAUGACAAUUGUCUAGCAAUCUUGUCACUGGCACACACAUUUGCACUGGAAGAACUUUUUCUCAAAGCCAAACGACACAGUCUGUGGUAUUUUUCAGAUGUUGUACACACAUCCAAUUUCGUAGAUAUAGAUAUACAUCUUCUGUGUCAGAUUCUGCUGGACAGGAAACUAGUUGUCGAAUCAGAAAUGAAGGUUUAUAACGCAAUAGAAAAAUGGGUGUCCCAUGAUAUCACAGUAAGGAAAGCACAUUUGAAAGAGUUACUGCCCUUGAUUCGAAAGGAAACCCUAACUGAUGAAGAGAUUUCUACAUUAAAGCAAAAAUUACUAAUACAAGACUAUCAGCAUGUGUUUGAUAACUUGGAUACAUCAGCAGCGUCUGAGAUAAAGAAAUAUCGACAAAUUCCAUACUGUCUUUGGAGUCUUGGGGGACAAGAUGACCCAUAUGAUGAUGAUAUUUACGCCUCUGAUGAUGAACCAGAUGUUGAACCUCCACCAAAAAUCCUUAAACUCAGUGACAUUGACACAACGUGUACUUUUGAGAGUGUUGGGAUGGAUGAACAGGAUCACCCAUCUGUUAUACAACAGGAAACUGGCUAUAGUGUCUGUGUGUGUGAUAAGGAUGUAUAUGUCAGUGGAGGCUUGACUUCUCUGGGCCCUGGCAGAAACAGUUGGCUGAUGGAUGUUUGGAAACUUGACACGUUUACUGCUGUCUGGGAGGUUGUGACUCAGCUUCGAUCACCACGGCGACAUCACACUAUGAUCACUGUGGGCGAUUCCCUUAUCCUGUUAGGGGGGUUUGGGAAGUAUCGUAUGAAACUGAAAACCUGUGAAGAGUUUAAUAUCAAAACAGGAGAAUGGAAGGAUUUACCACCAAUGCCAGAAGAAUCGUUUUUGAUCGCUGCAUGUGCUACAUCAUCAAACCGGAUAUAUGCCUUCAAAUCUCAUGCCUUUUACUACGACUUAGGAUCAGACCACUGGACCAAGGUGGCAUCCUCUAUAUACAGCAUCAGGAAACUAGUACCCUCCAGUGCUAUCUACAUACCCAGUAAGGACUGCGUCUUCAUUAUUUCCCGCUACCACAAAGAUCUGGUGCGUUUCGAUCUGGGUACACAAACCCUGACGACUGUUGGACAGUUUAGAUAUGGAGAGGCUGUCAGCAAUGCUGUUGCACAUAGGGGAAGGUUGUACCGCUUCUCUGCUCCAUUGGUCAAUCAUGUUCUGGAGUGGUAUGAUAUCAUAAAAGAAGAAUUCUGUUGUAGGUCUGAAUUUGUCAAUGGAAUCUCUGUGCUUAAUUUCCAUCUCCUACCUAUUCCAGACAUGUUAGAUGAAAAGUAACAAGGGUUUUGAUUAUCUGGAUCAUAAAUAAAACUCUUGGUAUGUCGAUGUCAUUGAUUGUUAUCACAUGGCUUAAACCACAUGUUGGUAUUGUUCAGAUUUUAAAAUGUUGGCGCAGUUAUUUUAUAUUUCUGGAGCCAGCAUCAUAGGAAAUUACUAAUGGAUAGUUUGGAACUCUUUUAUAUUGUUACCUUUUUUUUUUUUUUUUUUUCUAAAUUAUAAGGAAAACAUAAAGCACUCUGCAUAUUAAAGUAUAUGCUUAAAAACCUUCAAUUGACCUAUUUGUAGACUGCAGAUCAAUUGUCAACAAUUUGACAGUGUUGUCUGUUUACCUAUAUAUAGAUCAAUCAAUUGUCAUGAGUUGACAGUGUUGUCAAUUGACCUAUAUGUAGACCCAUCAGUUGUCAGUGAGUUCACAGUGUUGUCUGUUGACCUAUAUGUAGACCCACCAGUUGUCAAUGAUUUGACAGUGUUGUCAAUUAACCUAUAUGUAGACCCAUUAGUUGUCAAUGAAUUCAGUGUUGUCAGUUGACCUAUAUGUAGACCCAUCAGUUGUCAAUGGGUUGACAGUGUUGUCAAUUAACCUAUAUGUAGACCCAUUAGUUGUCAAUGAAUUCAAUGUUGUCAAUUGACCUAUAUGUAGACCCAUCAGUUGUCAGUGAGUUCACAGUGUUGUCUGUUGACCUAUAUGUAGACCCACCAGUUGUCAAUGAGUUGACAGUGUUGUCAAUUAACCUAUAUGUAGACCCAUUAGUUGUCAAUGAAUUCAGUGUUGUCAGCUGACCUAUAUGUAGACCCAUCAGUUGUCAAUGGGUUGACAGUGUUGUCAAUUAACCUAUAUGUAGACCCAUUAGUUGUCAAUGAAUUCAAUGUUGUCAAUUGACCUAUAUGUAGACCCAUCAGUUGUCAAUGAGUUCAGUGUUGUCAAUUAACCUAUAUGUAGACCUAUUAGUUGUCAUUCGUUUGACAGUGUUGUCAGUUGACCUAUAUGUAGACCAGUCAGUUGUCAGUGAGUUCACAGUGUUGUCUGUUGACCUAUAUGUAGACCCAUCAGUUGUCAAUGAGUUGACAGUGUUGUCAAUUAACCUAUAUGUAGACCCAUCAGUUGUCAAUGGGUUCAGUAUUGUCAAUUAACCUAUAUGUAGACCUAUUAGUUGUCAUUCGUUUGACAGUGUUGUCAGUUGACCUUCAUGUAGAUUAAUCAGUCAUCAGGGAGUUCAGUUGACAGUAUUGUCAGUUGACCUAUAUGUAGACCCAUUAAUUGUCUGUGAGCAGACAUUAUUGUGAGUUAACCUAUAUAUAGACCCAUCAGUUGUCUGUGAGCAGACAUUAUUGUGAGUUAACCUUUAUGUAGACUCAUCAGUUGUCUGUAAGCAGACAUUAUUGUGAGUUAACCUAUAUAUAGACCCAUCAGUUGUCUGUGAGCAGACAUUAUUGUGAGUUAACCUAUAUGUAGACCCAUCAGUUGUCUGUGAGCAGACAUUAUUGUGAGUUGACUUAUAUGUAGACUCAUCAGUUGUCUGUGAGCAGACAUUAUUGUGAGUUGACCUUUAUGUAGACUCAUCAGUUGUCUGUAAGCAGACAUUAUUGUGAGUUAACCUAUAUAUAGACCCAUCAGUUGUCUGUGAGCAGACAUUAUUGUGAGUUAACCUAUAUGUAGACCCAUCAGUUGUCUGUGAGCAGACAUUAUUGUCAGUUGACUUAUAUGUAGACUCAUCAGUUGUCUGUGAGCAGACAUUAUUGUGAGUUGACCUUUAUGUAGACUCAUCAGUUGUCUGUAAGCAGACAUUAUUGUGAGUUGACCUAUAUAUAGACCCAUCAGUUGUCUGUGAGCAGACAUUAUUGUGAGUUAACCUAUAUGUAGACCCAUCAGUUGUCUGUGAGCAGACAUUAUUGUGAGUUGACUUAAAUGUAGACUCAUCAGUUGUCUGUGAGCAGACAUUAUUGUGAGUUGACCUAUAUAUAGACCCAUCAGUUGUCUGUGAGCAGACAUUAUUGUGAGUUAACCUAUAUGUAGACCCAUCAGUUGUCUGUGAGCAGACAUUAUUGUGAGUUGACCUAUGUGUAGACUCAUCAGUUAUCUGUGUUAACAUUAGCUCAUCUGGCUUUAGAGACCAAGUGAGUUUUUGUUGAAAAAUUUGUUGAAACACUCAAACAACUUCGGAAUGAAUUGAAUCAUGAUAUUUGGCUGGUAGAAAGAUUCCUAGGAUGAAGCUUAAUAAAGUUUGAGAAAAGGAACCACCGUAACCCAAAGUUAUUAGGGUUAAAUUUGUCUUUAAGAAAAAUGAAACAUCAGUCUCGAUGAAUUAUGUAAGCCUUUGGCUAGAGUGUUAUAAACUUGAUAGUUUUUAAACUGAUAUAGACUAGUUUGAUUUUUAACUGCUUUGAAUUAAGAGCAAUGGUACGAAAUCUUGCAUGCUGUAAAAAGUGGAGAAUACCAGAUGUGGGAUUUACUUUGGGCCUCUUAUUCUUUAAAUGGCACCUAAUGUUUGUUCAAGUUUUGAGAACAAAAUAAAUAUUUGAUCUUGUUAGAGAUUUCAAAAUGUAAAGCACACAUUUGGAGAUCUCAAAAUGUAAAGCACACAUUUGAAGAUCUCAAAAUGUAAAGCACACAUUUGGAGAUCUCAAAAUGUAAUGCACACAUUUGGAGAUCUCAAAAUGUAAAGCACACAUUUGGAGAUCUCAGAAUGUAAAGCACACAUUUGGAGAUCUUCAUUUUUGUGUCUUUAAAGAAGAACUUUUAACAAAUAAGCUAGCAAAGUGCAAUUGUGUUUUUUUUUAAUUGGACUUGUUGAAUUCAAAUGGUGGGAUUUUGAUGUUUCAAUAUAAUACAUUAUUUGUAAUACACUUCGUUGGUAUUCUCUCUAUAUAUGGCACAUGUGACCUGACUUUAUUUUCUACAUCAAAUAGCAUAGCAUAUGUGUCAAAUACAGAGAGACUAUUACAUGUACAGCACAUCAAAUUCCAGUGUUUAGAAUGACAGGAUUGAUUGAAUAUGCUGUGAUAGUGAGUUUUCCAUUUUUCUGUGUGUGAAAUGGAAUUGGUGCUUUAACUUUUACCUCUUAUGAACAAUGUUAUGACCAGGAAGUAAUUUUGUUUUACUUAUUUGAAUCUAUCGUGAUUUAUUAAUGUUUUGCCAGUUAUAAUAUGUAUCUUAAUACUUAUUAGUUCAUUGAAACUUUGUACUGGGGAUAAAAAUAAUGUGUUAAGGGUAUAAAUUAUCCACAGAAGCGAUUUCACAAAAUGAAAUUAAAACUUUCACAAAAGCAUAUUCAUGUUAAAAUAAGUACCUGCAGGUGACAAGGCUCACAUAAAUUUACCCUACACCCUGAUUUUUAAUUUUAAAUAUGAUAAGUGUCAUCUUUGACCGUUAAAAAUUGACUUAACCAAACAUAAUCUAAUAAGAUGAAGAUGUUGAUGUAAUGAUACCGUGGUGUGUAAAUGAACCAAAUCUAUUUAAGGAUGGUUCAAGGGUUGAUUAUAAAAUGUAUCAGGAUAUUAUCCACUUUACUAUAAGAGGAUAUUGGUGGCCACAGUUAUUGAUACCUCUGUAUAUCCUUUACAAUAAUGGGAUAUUGGUGGCCACAGUUAUUGAUACCUCUGUAUAUACUUUACUAUAAGAGGAUAUUGGUGGCCACAGUUAUUGAUACCUCUGUAUAUCCUUUACAAUAACGGGAUAUUGGUGGCCACAGUUAUUGAUACCUCUGUAUAUACUUUACUAUAAGAGGAUAUUGGUGGCCACAGUUAUUGAUACCUCUGUAUAUACUUUACUAUAAGAGGAUAUUGGUGGCCACAGUUAUUGAUACCUCUGUAUAUACUUUACAAUAACGGGAUAUUGGUGGCCACAGUUAUUGAUACCUCUGUAUAUACUUUACUAUAAGAGGAUAUUGGUGGCCACAGUUAUUGAUACCUCUGUAUAUCCUUUACAGUAACAGGAUAUUGGUGGCCACAGUUAUUGAUGCCUCUGUAUAUACUUUACUACAAGAGGAUAUUGGUGGCCACAGUUAUUGAUACCUCUGUAUAUCCUUUACAAUAACAGGAUAUUGGUGGCCACAGUUAUUGAUACCUCUGUAUAUACUUUACUAUAAGAGGAUAUUGGUGGCCACAGUUAUUGAUACCUCUGUAUAUACUUUACUAUAAGAGGAUAUUGGUGGCCACAGUUAUUGAUACCUCUGUAUAUACUUUACUAUAAGAGGAUAUUGGUGGCCACAGUUAUUGAUACCUCUGUAUAUACUUUACUAUAAGAGGAUAUUGGUGGCCACAGUUAUUGAUACCUCUGUAUAUACUUUACUAUAAGAGGAUAUUGGUGGCCACAGUUAUUGAUACCUCUGUAUAUACUUUACUAUAAGAGGAUAUUGGUGGCCACAGUUAUUGAUACCUCUGUAUAUACUUUACUAUAAGAGAAUAUUGGUGGCCACAUUUAUUGAUACCUCUGUAUAUACUUGACUAUAAGAGGAUAUUGGUGGCCACAGUUAUUGAUACCUCUGUAUAUCCUUUACAAUAACAGGAUAUUGGUGGCCACAGUUAUUGAUACCUCUGUAUAUACUUUACUAUAAGAGGAUAUUGGUGGCCACAGUUAUUGAUACAUCUGUAUAUACUUUACUAUAAGAGGAUAUUGGUGGCCACAGUUAUUGAUACCUCUGUAUAUACUUUACUAUAAGAGGAUAUUGGUGGCCCAGGCUAUUGAUAUCUCUGUAUAUACUUUACUAUAAGAGGAUAUUGGUGGCCACAGUUAUUGAUACCUCUGUAUAGGUGGCCACAGUUAUUGAUACCUCUGUAUAUACUUUACUAUAAGAGGAUAUUGUUGGCCACAGUUAAUGAUUUAAUGAAUAUAUUUCUGAUCCAGUUGGAAUCAAAAUUUUACAGAGAAUCUUAAUAACAAAUGAAUGUUAUGUUUCAUUGAAUUCAUAUGAAUUUAAAACUGAUAUAAUAUUUUGUUAAGAUUUGUCAUAGAUACAAGUAUAUUUUUAUAUUCAAUAAUUUUCAAACAGCAAUUCUGAAAAUAUUUCAUGUUUUUGAAUGAAGGAAUGGUUCAUUGAUAAGAUCACAAUGCUUUAUGGACAUCUGUUAUUAUAAGUUAGAUGAAGUAUUAAUAGAGUAUACAGAACUUAUUGUCAAGAUACAAGUAACCUAGCUCUAUAUUAUAUUUCCAGAUAAAGAUACCUUUAAUUUGCUUUUAUUAUCAUGGACAAUAUAACAACACUCACAACUGCAGGUUAUAGAAAUCCUUUUUAAUUAUGUAGAUUACUCUUUCUUUUGAUAUUUCAUGAAUGGGAUAAAACUAUCAAAAAAUUACAUUUUCCCUCACCUGAUAGUGCCAUGGUACUAGAAUGAAAAGUGAUAUGGGAAAAAACAAGCAAAAAAAGAAAACAAACGAGAGAUGCAUUUUAAAAAAGUCUUCAAUUCACAGCAUCCUUGAAAAAUACAUCCCUUUUGUACAAUUUUUUUUUUUGGUAGGACCAGGACAAUUUGGAACAUGGAUAAUAAACAACCUAUGCAGUAUAUGGUGUGCAGUAUUUUGACAAGGUUUUAGUUGUAAAGGAUUUUUUGAAUGAAAAAAACCCUGAUAAGUCAAAGAAGUACAGUUACAAUGCCUAAUAAGUAUUUAUCCAAGAACUUCAGUUUGGGUUCCUUGCACAAUAAAUUGAGUGGGAGGGUAGGAGAGCAAGGAGCAUAAGUUGUAUUUUUUUUCCUUUUGAUACAUAUCAAUAUACCAUUUACACUUGUUACUGUGUGGUUUUAAUAAGACCUAUUGGAGUUUUCCAGACUCCAAAAUAUUUCCACAGCAUGUUAAAAUCUACACAUUACCAUGUACCGUUUGUUGAAUUUUUACUCUUGUUGAACAAUAUUCCUUAUGUUUUUUACAUUUCCAAUAAAGUUGAUUUUUAAGUCAA